AUGAUCGAUAUGACUUAUGACCCACAGCACAUUACUGCUACUCCAAACAACAACAGCAACAAAACACUAUCGGAAACUUCUCCAAUAGGAGCAACUGGUGGUGGCGACGCUGUGAAUAUGCUAUUAGCCAAGUUGGAUGAAGGCACUCAAACCAUCAUCAACUUGCGCUCCAUUCUAACACUCAAAACAGCUGAACUAAACGAGCUGCUGGCUCAACUAGAGCUCACAAAUCAAGCCAUCACAACCGUAGAGUCAACAACUACGCAGAUAGAAGCUAUGCUUAAAGAGUUUGGCUUAUCAACUGAUGACUCGAAAGAAAGCUUGCUCAUCAACGCAGAGUCAUCACUUGACUCUGCUAUUAAAUCGGCAGCAAGUAUCUAUCCACAACAAUUGAAGCAAUCCUUGAUAAGAAGACCUUCAUCUGCCAGUACAAACAGUGGAAGUGCUAUGGAAAGUGUUGAGACCAAACGACUCAGUAAUGCUCGAUUGUUCACCACCAGAAUCCGCUAUAAACCAGACAACAAACACAUUUUGAGAAAGCUAAACAAUCUACUCAGAGAUUUGGAAUUAGAUUCUGGCAAAUUCUUUUCUAGCAUUGGCACCACAGAUGAUUUCGAAGUACUGCAAAAGGCCUAUGUCGAUUUGGACAUUGCGAAAACCAUCUCGUUAUCAGCAAAAAGUAACAUGAAGAGAAGAAACAUCUUGAUGAGAAGUCAAAGACGACGAAACAACAUGGACGAAAUCCAACAACUCGGGGAUAAAAUCAGGGAAGGCGUAUCUCUUUGGAUGAACUAUACCAGAAACACACCAUUGUUAGUCAACGGCGAAGAUAUCAUUGUCAUCUUGGAUCGCGAAGACAGUCUUUUGGCAAGAAAUUUGCCUAUUCCAUCAUCUCGAGUUACGCAUGACGGUAAAUUAAACACAGGCACAGGCGUUACUUUGACACCAUCUACUUCCACACACAACAGAACAUCUUCCAUCAGAAACAGCUUGUCGAAUGAGAGCACUGUCAAGAAAUCAACACACAGUCGAACAUCGUCCAGUGUUUCUGCUGCAGAUUUUGCAUCUGCCCAGAUCCAUGCGCCUUCUUUUGCCUCAUCACAAACAACAAUCCCUAUAACAGCAGUAACACCUGCACCUGCAGCAGCAGCCAAAAAGCUCUAUCGUCAAUCAGCAGGCCCUCGUCUGACUCAAGUCAAGGCCAACAUUGGCUUACCACGUGUGCGUACAUCGUCAAUCACACAGCAAAAAGACCAACAACAGCAGCAUCAAAAGUCGUUAACAUCUUCACAUGCUACUACAACUCCACCAUCUGUUGCAUCUUUGAAAAAUGGAUUCUCGCCGUCUUCUAACUCGAGCAAACAAUCGCACAUUCCCUUACCACCAAUUCACUCUACAGCAGGCUCCUCCACAACACCUACCACACCGUCGUCCGCCUCCUCCACUACAAGUAAUCUUACAUCUCCAGAUAACUCCAAGAAAUCGUUACUGAAACCUCCUGCACAACGUGGUCCUGGUUCUACUUUGAGACUGAGAUCCAUGCUGGCUAAAAGAGGUCAGAUACCACCACCAGCAGCCGGCAAACCACCUGCUAAAUAA